AUGGCCCAUCCAGCUCUUCAAAAGCUCCCCACUUCAGCCCCCGUAAUGAACGUAACAAAGAAUGGCAAGACACAGCCAGGCUACAUCUUCCUAUCUCCAUACGACGCACUCAAGGGCUAUGGUUUCCCUGCCAUUUAUACAGACGACGGCGAGCUCGUCUGGCAAGGUCCGCCGGGGAGCAUCACUGGAUUCCAGACCCAGACACUAAACGGUGAGCCUGUCCUGACAUACUGGAACGGGACUGUCAGUAUGCUCGGGUUUGGCUAUGGAUCAAUCCACUUCUUGAAUCAAACAUAUGACGAGAUUUACCGAGUCACGCUGUCGGAUGGCAAUCGAACGUUCAAAACCGCAAUGGGAUCACAAUUCCCCUCUUACAUUGAUGUCCAUGAAGAUGCGAUCACCAAUCGAGACUCGGUGCUGGUGACUGCAUAUAAUGUAACCAGCGCUGAUCUACAGAGCGUCGGUGGACCGAAAGAUGGCUGGAUUUAUGAUGGUCAAUUCUAUGAAAUUGACAUUGUAAGCAACGAUGUGCUUUUCAGCUGGAGCGCGUCGGAUCAUUUGAAUCUAUCAGACUCAGCGACGCCCCUUGCCGGAUCUGGGAAUAAUCAGAGCAAUCCAUGGGAUUUCGCGCAUCUCAACUCGGUCAUGAGAUACGGAGACGAGUAUAUCCUUUCGGCGCAUGGCUAUUGUAGUGUCUAUGCGCUUGACUCGAAGGGAGAUAUCAAGUGGACUCUCAAUGGGCAAACGGGCGGUGAUUUCAAACUAGGGGCGGGUUCAAGAUUCUGCUUCCAGCACGCCGUGAGGAUCGAAUCGCAGACAAACAAUACAAUUACCCUCCGCAUGCACAACAACGAUAACGCACCCUUUUUGAAAGGAACAGCAGCAACGACUGGACUUCUUCUCGACUUGGACUUCGACACCAUGACGGCGAGCUUAAUUCGACGUCUAUGGGAUGCAGAGGAAGUCGUCUACCCCGUUACCCAGGGCAGUUAUCAGAACCUCACCAAUGGCCAUGUAUUACUUGGCCACGGCGCGGUCCCCAAGUUUGAGGAAUACGACGAUGCAGGCAGUGUGGUGAUGCGCGCACGAUUUGGCUACGAUAAUAUCAUGUCAUCAUACCGUACCUUCCGCGCAGUUUGGAGUGGAAAGCCAACUGCGAAACCGAGUGUCUAUGCUUGUCUUGCAAAAUAUAAUGGCGUUGAACAGGUACGGGUGUAUGCCAGUUGGAAUGGAGCGACUGAUGUGCAGUCCUGGGAUCUUUAUAUUGGAAACGAGAAGGAUAAGUUGCAAAAAGCGACGACUGCGGUUUAUAAUGGCUUCGAGACGGAGAUUCGACUGCAGACUUCGAGUAAGUAUGCUCUAGUCAAUGCUGUCCAAAUCUCUGGGAGUGCCCAGUCAGAGGUGGUUCAAAUUCAGGGAAGCUGCUAG